AUGGAGCUGCACCCUCUCGAAGCCGCAGCGGUGCGCAUCCUGUUUUGUGGCCGACCAGCUCUGACGACAGGUGUCGUGAAUCUGCGCGUGCUUCUUGGCGGCGAUGGACAGUACUGCCUGGCAGAGAAGCGAAAGGCAAAGCUGCACCACAGUAGCCGUCAUUGUACCGGGGGAAACGUUUCAGGCAGCAACAGCUUCGAAAUUGGUGGUGAUGCUGAGGAGAAGCGCGAGAGUGUCUACCGCGUCUGCUCCUCUGAUGGACUGCCCGACGGGUGCUACUAUGUGAAAGCAGAUCGGCACUACUGGGUCAUGCACGUGAAGGAAGAGCCCAGGGUAGCCUUCGCAGCAGCAGUAGCAACACCAACGCCGCCUUCCAUAUCCGUGUCAGGCACGCAAGUCACUUUAGUCUCGCCGCCGAUGCCUCUGGCAACAACCGCAUCGACAGCGGAGCACUCGAAGGUAGAAGAAGAUGAGUUGACGAGCUACAAGCAAGACGGGGGGAGUGCUGCCAGUGCUCCGGCGGCGGCGGAUGCGAUGUCUGGGACGGCAGAGUCGUCGUCAGCACUGAUACCUGCAGGUGAUGCCGGGUGUGCUAGUACAGAAAGUAAGCGACAACGGACGAUUUCGACGAAGAGAAAGUGUACGCGACGUGCGAAGGCUGUCGAAGAGGACGUUGACAACCUCCCGCUGAUCAACACCACGUUCUUCAAUCCAACUCCUCUCGCGGAAGCGUCGCCACUGGAAGAGCACCCGCAGCAGGAGGGGGCUUCUAGGCAUACUGUGAGCGUGGUCGGCGAUGUUAAGGCGAUGCGAAGGGAGAAAUUAUUGGACAUUCCUCCCUCAGCGCGGCCGUCAGCCACAGUGGCAGCCGACAUCCUCGUCGCGUGUGAAGAACCGCAAUCCUCACAGCAGCAGCUGGAACAGCAGUCGGAGAGACGCAAGAAGACUUCACGGGUGCACGUUGACGCAGUCGCGGAGGAAGGCAAAGACAACGAGACUGCUACGGCAGGAAGCUGUGUGAGCACGAAAAGGGCACGUGGCGGCACCAGCUCAGGCGGCGGCAAUAAGGCCAAUGGCAAUGCGGUGGGCGGCGCACCUCCUGCGGAGCAGCUGGCCGAACUCGCCGCCGAUUCAUCUCAACCCACGAAGAAGCCGCAGCAGCGUGGAAAGCGGUGCCGCAAUAAUGAUCUCACUGCUGAGGAGUCGUCGGUACUCCCGCCUGUGUGGCACCCGAGCGAUCAGCCCAAGUCCUUUCUGUCGUCUUCCACGGAGAAGUCGCCGCUGCCGACGCAGAAAACGGCCAAGGCAGCGCAGAAGAAUAAGGAUCUGAGGUCAGACGAGGUCGAGGCGUGCGCGUCUGCGUCCGCUACUAAGCUAACGGAUGCAGGCCCUCCGCUGCUGUCGACAAUCACAAACAGAGAUACCGAGAGUGCUCCCACGCCGGCACCACCCGCACGCAAGUCGCGCAAGUCUAGCGCGGCAACCUCAGCGACGUCCGCAGCAGCAACAUCGGAUGCAGCUGGCACGGCCACUCUUUCGAAAAUACCAACACCGCCUCCCCUCCACUCUGUGCCGAGUGCCGGGCACGCCACACACGGACCGGAACAGAAGACACCAAGUCGUGCAGGCACGAACACUGCUUCUAUUGUUCCCUCUCCGCAGCAGCAGGUAGCGAAUUCCUCUGCGAUGCGAUCUCCAGCGUCGGUGCCGCAGGACACCACCCCAGAUGUCCUCUACAGCAACCGUAGCAGCGACGGCCACGCAGAGGCACGCCGCAGCACUGCCAGCAGUAUCGCGGCUCCUGUUACCCAUCCCAAACUGCGGCAGCAGUGGCAAUCGCAGGUGCAGCAGCACGACCAUCACUCAGCACUCAACUCCCCCUCGACCCGAUCGCAGCCCGGCGCAAAUCGAUCGGCAAGCACUAGCAGUCUCCUGAGGCCUCUCCCGUCUCCGCUGCUGCAGCGCCAGUCUCCGGGGAGUGAUAUCAGCGGUGGCGCCGCCGGGUCGAGGGGGUUUCACGAGGGUGCGAUGAACGGAGGCGGCGGGGGCGGUGGCUUCUUUCCUUUUGACAGCCCUGCGUUGGGAUUCACACAGGUGCACCACACGCUGGCAGAAGAGUUCAGCCUUGACGUGUCAGAGUCAGAGUCGUCGUCGGCAGCCUCGGAGUACCUCUGCGAUGUGGAAGAGUGA